GCCCCGCUGCUCCUCCGACACAAGACCUGCCGAGGGUUGGGGAGCCCGCGAGUUUGACUUCUGGAUUUUGGGGGUUUUGGGGUGGGAGGGGGGGACAAACGGCGCAAUGGGAUUCGAGCUGGACCGCUUCAAGGGGACCGUGGACCCGGACUUCAAAUGCAACUUGUGCAACAAAGUCCUGGAGGAUCCACUGACGACUCCGUGCGGCCACGUCUUUUGCUCCGGCUGUGUGCUGCCCUGGGUCGUCCAGCAGAGCAGCUGCCCCGUCAAGUGCCAGCGCAUCUCCGCCAAGGAGCUCAACCACGUCCUGCCUCUGAAGAAUCUCAUCCUGAAGCUGGAGAUCAAAUGCGACAAUCACGCCCGGGGCUGCGACGCUGUGGUGACGCUGCAGCAUCUGGCCGAGCACGCCGAGACGUGCGACUUCUCCCCGGUCAAGUGCGGCAACAUAGGCUGCGAGGAAGUGGUGAGUGCUCGGGACCUGGAAGCGCACAUGCGGGAGGCGUGCGAGCAUCGGGCGGCGGGGAUCUGCGAGGGGGGCUGCGGGCUAACGCUCACGCAACGGGAGCAGAGGUCAAACGGCCACUGCUGCGUGAGAGCCCUGAAGGCGCAGAACGGCGCGCUGCAGUGCAGGCUGCUGGUCCUGGACAGGGAGCUGAAGAAGGAGGCGAUCAGGGCCAACCAGAGGGAGAAGGCGCUGCUGGCCCAGCUGUCGGCUGUGCACAGCGAGCUGCAGAUGACGGCGCUCAAGUACCAGAAGAAAUUCACCGAGUACAGCGAGAGAAUCGACUCGCUCACCAAGACCGUGGCUUUCUCAUGCAAGGAAGACAACACUAAGAGUGUGACAGCUGUCCUGCUCCGCGAGGCCGGAUCGCUGGGUUUUAACAUCAUAGGAGGAAGGCCAUGUGCGGACGACAAUGACGGCACUUCCAAUGAAGGGAUCUUUGUGUCCAAGAUUGUGGAGAAAGGUCCAGCAGACAAGGAGGGAGGCCUUCAGAUCCAUGACAGAAUAAUGGAGGUUAAUGGGAAGGACCUCUCAAAAGCCACCCAUGAGCAAGCAGUGGAGGCGUUCCGCACCGCCAAGGAGCCCAUCAUGGUUCAAGUUCUACGCCAGGGUACUUACCCCCAACUACUCGCCCCCAUCACAGACACCCAGAUGUCAGACAUCAGCACCCAGACCGACAUCACCCUCCAGCACAUCGUGGCUCUCACCAAGCUGCCUCCCACUUCACCCCCGAUGAUGGAGCUGGAGGAGUAUCUGCUGCCGGAAGAGUCUCCUCCAGAGCACACUUAUUUUGACCCCAACGAUUUUCUGGAGGGCAUCCAACAGGAGAUAGAGCGCGAGGGGCUUGAAUAUGAGGAGGUGGAUCUGUACCGAGCAAACAUCCAAGACAAACUGGGCCUGACCAUCUGUUACAGGACUGAUGACGAGGAUGAGGCCGGGAUCUACAUUAGUGAGAUCGAUCCAAACAGCAUCGCUGCAAAGGAUGGUAGAAUUAGAGAAGGGGACAAAAUCAUACAGAUCAAUGGUGUUGAGAUCCAAAACCGAGAGGAUGCGGUGGCGCUGUUGACCACUGAGGGCAACCAGAACGUCUCUCUGUUGGUGGCCCGACCAGAGAUUCAGCUGGACGGGGGCUGGAUGGAUGAUGAUAGGAACGACUUCCUGGAUGACCUCCACAUGGACAUGCUGGAGCAGCAACACCAUCAGGCCAUGCAGUUCACUGCCAGCGUGCUGGAGCAGAAGAAGCAUGAGGAGGACGGGGGCACCACAGACACGGCCACAUUGCUCUCCAACCACCACGAAAAGGACAGCGGUGUUGGCCGCACAGACGAGAGCACCCGGAACGAUGAGAGCUCUGAGCAAGAGAACCUCGGUGACGAUCAGACGACCACAGCUUCCAACACGCUGGGCAGCUGCAGGAAGCUGACCUAUAGCCAGGACACGCUCGGCAGCACUGACUUGCCCUUCAGUGGCGAGUCGCUCAUCUCUGCAGACUACGCCGACGCCGACUUCCUGGGCAUCCCAGCCGACGAGUGUGAGCGCUUUCGAGAGCUCCUGGAGCUAAAGUGUCAGAUGAGGAGUGGCGGCGCGCAGGGCCUGUUCAGCCUAGCUUCUGGGGGUCAGACAGAGGAAGGCGUGGAUAAGGAGCUGGAGUUGCUCAACGAGGAGCUGCGCAGCAUCGAGCUGGAGUGCCUGAACAUCGUCCGUGCCCACAAGAUGCAGCAGCUGAGGGAGCAGUGCCGAGAGUCGUGGAUGCUCCACAACAGUGGCUUCCACAACUACAAUACCAGCAUAGACGCUCGCCGCCACGAACUGCCGGACAUCACAGAGCUGCCUGAGAAAUCAGACAAGGAUAGCUCAAGUGCCUACAACACCGGCGAGAGCUGCCGCAGCACCCCUCUCACUCUAGAACUGUCCCCAGAUAACUCCCUCCGUCGUGGAGCAAAGAAUCAGGCUGCAGUCAGACUGUCUGGAUCUGGAGUCCUAAAUGGCAAGACACACAAGCCCCUCUUGUCCCCGGUGCAGGAAGCCGGUGGCCCCAGGCGGUGCAGAGUCUCCUCUAAAGACCUGGACAGAGAACUACAAGCCGAGAGCAAAGAGAGGAAUCUUGGGGAGACGGGUAAGGGUGGACGAGGCUUUCAACCACAUUCCCCUUACAAGCAUGCUCACAUCCCGGCCCACGCCCAGCACUACCAAAGCUACAUGCAACUGAUCCAGCAGAAAUCUGCAGUGGAAUAUGCCCAGAGUCAGAUGAGUCUGGUCAGCAUGUGCCGGGAUGCAGUCAGCCCCAGUGACCAUGAGCCCAGGAUGGAGUGGAAGGUAAAGAUCCGCAGCGACGGCACGCGGUACAUCACGAAGCGGCCGGUCCGGGACAGGCUGCUGAGGGAGCGUGCCCUCCGUAUCCAUGAAGAGCGCAGCGGCAUGACCACAGACGAUGACGCCAUCAGCGAACUAAAGAUGGGUCGAUACUGGAGCAAGGAGGAGCGGAAGCAGCACGCUAUGCGGGCCAAGGAGCAGAAGCAGCGCCGCGAGUUCAUGAAGCAGAGCCGAGUGGACUGUCUGAAGGACCAGAGUGCUCCAGAGGACAAGAAGGAGCCAAACAUCAUCGAACUCAGCCACAAAAAGAUGAUGAAAAAGAGAAAUAAGAAAAUUUUUGACAACUGGAUGACCAUCCAGGAACUGCUGACCCACGGCACCAAGUCACCUGAUGGGACCAGGGUUUAUAACUCACUUCUGUCUGUGACCACGGUGUGAGUCCCACUCCAACCUGGAAGUGGGCGGAACUGCCUUGGACAGAGAGGGCUGCCACCAACAUGUGGCAUCACUGUGUAAAUAGCAAAUCAGUAAAGCCUUUCAGUUCCUACAUUUUCUUUGGAGGGGUCCAUUAAGUGAUGGCUGGGUUUCACUGAAUGGGAAUUUGCAAUUUUAAAGCAAAGAUUCUUUUCAGUAACCUUUUCUACCUUUGAGCUCUUUUGGAUAUUUUUUGGAAACUGCAGUAUUUGACUCUUUUUGGAAGGUUUUGAAAGUGUGUAAAAGAAUGUGAGCCAUAUACAUACAUACAUACAUAUAUA